CGCGGGGGUUGCCGGGCUUGAGGAGGACCGGAGGCUUUGCGGUGCAGUGUGGGAUAGCGGAAGAUUAGUGGAGCGAACUCGACUGUAAGAAAUGGAUGUGUUCUUGAUGAUCCGGCGUCAUAAGACGACCAUUUUCACUGACGCCAAGGAGUCCACCACUGUAUAUGAGCUAAAACGUAUCGUAGAGGGGAUUCUCAAGAGGGCGCCUGAGGAGCAGAAACUCUUCAAGGAUGACCAGGUGCUAGAUGACAACAAGACCCUGGGAGAUUGCGGCUUCACCAACCAGACUGCUAGGCCCCAAGCCCCAGCCACUAUUGGACUGGCUUUCCGUAUCGGCGAUGACAUGUUCGAACAGCUUCGCGUGGACCCCUUCUCCAGCCCCCCCGAGCUGCCAGAUGUGAUGAAGCCACAAGACUCCAGCAGCGCUGCCAAUGAGCAGGCCGUGCAGUGAGGGCUGGGGGGUGUGGCCCGGUGGAGCGUGUGUCCGUGGGCAGUGCAAGAGGAGAUUGUAGGGGAGCAAAUAGAUAUGUGUAUACCCCCCCCCCACACCCUCCCGCACGCAAUAACAUGCAUAUUACAUGUUGUAUUAACCAUACACCCCCUGCCUCGCUCCAGUUCGCCCACCUCAGUACACACUAACAUCCACACAUGAAUGGAUUUAAAGGAGGUCCUAUAUCUGAUUGAUGUCAACUCAAACAUGUCUGUCUGUGAGGUCAUAAUGGGAGCGAGUGACACAGUGCUCCCAUAAAUGCGCUCCUUGGUGCAGUUGAGUAGUAUAUGUUCAGUCUUGGGAGGAACUUAACUGCAAAGAAUGGAAACAUUUCCCCCCCCCCCCAAUCAUUUCAGAUUGCUUUUGUGUUCUGUGUCACCCUAAUUGUUAAUAUUGUUUAGGAUUGUAUUAACUUUAUAGGGGGGGUAUUAAGGGUCGGGGUGUGUGUUUUGUGGCGUCUGCUUUCCUAAAGAAACAUGCAUGAAAAAAAAAAAUAAAAUACAGAAAAACACUGGAUGCUAGAUAGAUGCUCCAUGUACAGUUGAGUAGGCUGUUGAAAUGACCUUAGAGCAGAAAAUGAGUUUUUCCUGUUGAUCAUCUUCCUCUUCUGAAAUGCCUUUUCAGGUUGAGUUGUCCCUCUGCUUGCUGUACCCUCCCUUGCAGUUCCGUUUCAGCUUGUCUUCAUUUAGCCAGUGACUUAAGUCUGUGUAACCUGAGCUUGUCUAGAAGUACCUUUUCUUCCCCCCCCCCCACCCCGAGUACCAAGUAUGGGUGGUGCCCCCCCAACAUCUCUUUGCAGUCUCAUUUGUGCUGAUACCAAAGGUGCAGUUAACACCAGAUCUGUUUAGUGUCUGACAGUUUGUUUGGGGUAAGGAGGGGGUGUCACAGGAUUGUAAUAACCCAAAGCACAGCUCGGUGUGCCGUAGGGACACAGUGUCUACUGAAUUUCCUUUGUUGCACGUUUAAUAUUCAAUGAUAUAAUCGACGAUAUGACAGCCCUUUUGGGGGUCCUGCAGUUGACAUCAAAUUGUUUCAGAAGAUGAACAAUGACUAAGUUGAAUAAAGACAAGUGCUUUUUCAUUUUUUUUAA